AUGCCGCUCCUCCCCCUGACUGCGGUUUCUCGCAGCACAUGGCUUCUGCACCUGCUCCUCGCCGUGCUGUCACUGCCCCCUCCUCCCUCUCUCGGACUUACCCGUCAUCCGGAGCAUGUUCCCGUCGCCAUCAACCUUCAGCAUGUUCAAGGGGCUGUGGUGGAGGCAAGAAUCGUUGGGAUGCAACCAGACGUCUCCUACUCUGUCCUGAUGCAGGCGAUAGUCGACGGACUGAUCGUCUUCUCGCAACCGAUGAAGGUCAAGAGCUCGAGGAUCGAAGUUACCAUAUCUGAACUGCCUCUGGGGGUGAAUCAGCCGACCAUUUCCUGCAAGCUCUAUGACGACUACCCUCACCUCUCAACUACCGAGAGCCUCCUUGCUUCGGUUCAGAAGCAGCUCCCUAUCACUAUCAAGGAACCGCCAUACUCCGACGAGACGAGGCUGAGGAUUGCGUGCUCUGAGCAGAGCUUUGAGGUCCCUCCGUCGCUCCAAUGCUGCAGCAGCUCGCACGAACAAGACCUGAACAUCUCCCUGGCGUCCAUAGGCAGCAUCGAUCGGUCGAUUCAGAUGCUGCAUGUGAUGCUUCAAUGGGACGGGCCUGUGUCGCUGGUUUUCUAUGCUAGGUCGGAGGAGGAGGAGCGAUUUAUCUCAGCAUUUGUGGAAGAGACGAUGAUCCCAGCUGCCGUCAGAAGUUGUCGCGAGCUGAAUCUCCAGCUACUGUCGGACUGCCACGACCAGGGCUCGCCGGAGCGGGUGUAUCCCUUCCCAGUCAACAAGCUUCGAUCUGUUGCCGUGUCAAGGGCCAAGACAGAUCUCGUCCUUUACAUCGACGUAGAUUUCAUUCCUUCGGCUGAUGCUGCUCGUCAACUGCAGCAAGCAAUGUCGUCGCCAUCCUUUGAUCAAGCCGCUGGCCUGCUUGUGCUCCCGGCCUUCCUAACCGUCUGGUCGUCACCUUGGCCAUCGCCAAUGAGGGUGGAAGACGAAGGGAUGCAAGUAGAGCCUCUGCACUUAGACGAGCUGAAGCGCCGCUGCAUCGCGGGUGACGUGUAUCCUCCGGAGAUGCCGUUCCGCAUGUCGCCGCAUGGAGCUACCGACUACCUCAAGUGGUUCCACAUGCCAGCCAACAGGACAGAGCCGUUCCAAGUUCUCUACAGCAUGUGGUACGAGCCCUACUUCGUCGUCAACCGCCGCCUGUGGAGGGGGAUCAACCACCCUGGGCUCUUCGACGAGCGGUUCGUGGACGCUGGCCCAGACAAGGUCCAGCUCGCGUACGAGGCGGCAGUGUUGGGGUACUCGUUCUUCGUGCAUCCAACCGCCUUCCUGGUUCACGUGCCUGAGAGGAAGGAGCUGUUCUGCCAUGACAGGUUUGCUCAACUAUGCAAGAAGCAAGAGGUCGAUAAGACAAACUGGAAGGACAAGACUCUAUACUUCUCCAACUUCCAGUUCCUCGACUUCAUCUUCAGCAUGCCAAGGUGGACGGACCACCGAGUCCCGGAGGGGUUUCAUCGCCCCUGCUUCACCAUCCCCUUUGCGUACAUCACGGAGCUUUCUCGACGGGAGCUGAUCUCGUUCCUCUUCCCUCCUGCGAAGGUCAAGAUGGUCUGGACAUGUGCGAGGGAUAAGUGCGAACGAGUCCACGAGAAGUUUAUGCUCUGGCAGGGUCAUUUCCUGCCUCCCUCUGCCUUUCAAGUGCCUCCUCCGGACCUUGAAGCGCGUCAGUCCUUCAGGGAGGCCUUCAGCCGCUGGUGCUUCACUAUUCCUCCCCUUGUCGGCAUCUACUUCGUCCGUUCUGGCCGAGUUUUCAUCCAGUAUGACUCUCUCCUUCUUAACGGGGAGCCGGACGAGGUUGUCAAUGCUUCUCACAAACUCUACACCAGCAGCGCUGCCUUCGUCCUCGAAAUGUUUGAGGACAGUGGGACGAGCACGGCGGAAGUCCCUUGGGAAAAUGAGUGCUUUGAACAGACCGGCAGCCUUGCUAAGCUUGUCUUGUGCCAUAUCCAGUCUAAGAUGGAGACGAGGCAGGGCAACUUCGACGUCAUCUUGCGAUCAACUUACUUGAUGAGUGCGUCUUGA